GUGCGUCAGGGUUUUUAGAUUACCUCUGCUAGUUAACUUAGCUGGCUAACUAGCGUGCUAUAAUACGAUACAUGGUUGUUAUUUAAUUAACGUUAUGUCAUCCGUCGUGGCGAAUACUGUAUCUUGACACAGUUUAUGAGCUCGUUGCGAUUAGUGGCGCUACCGAUUAAUUGCGGACGUCACGAAGUUCGGCGGUGUUGUGUAGCAAUGGCGGCGGGGGCAGCUAGUGUUCCGCUAGCUGUGCAGCUUAGCAGGAAGACGGGCCAUGUUUGUUUCACGCAGCUAAAAAUGGGCUAGGAGUGUAGCAUGAUGAGCGCAGCUUACAACAACGCUAUGCUCGUUUCAAAUGAUUCGGGCAAUUUCAGAAUGGCGUAUAGCCUCCAGAGACGUUGGGAACAUGGUAUUUUGUUUUUGAUUCGACGCCACCAAACAAAAACACGUUAUGUAAGAAGGGGGCGCCUUUCCCGGGCUUUCGCGAAUAGCGUACAUCUGUGAUUAGCCAUUAACUCGAGCUGUUUGGCUUGUUUAUAUCCCGAUAUCUUGACUUUUUUGGAGCUUUGACAGCACAGCUUCCCCGCGAGCGAUACAACGAGUCGACUAACAUGACCUAGUUUAUUUGCAUUUGCUCACGUCGUGUGCUGCCUCUGCGUGCUUACAGGAGGGGCGGAAGCUAGGCGCGGCGGCCAUCUUACAGCUAGUUAGCUGAUCCAACCUCUGGCGCACAAGAUGCCCCCCGUUUAACGCCUUGUGUUUUCUCCAAGCUCUCCUAUCAGACUCUACAUGGCUUGAACGCAACUAAGACGUGCAGGACUGAUCCUGACUCGAGAACUGACUGAGCCUGCAACGGGCGACCUUUCACGUUUCUUUGCGGGAAAGCGGGGCUCGUAGAGCAACGCUAAGUUUCACUUAACCGGGAAGACGGAAGUCGUCAGGCUGGAGUGCGUCCUGAUGGCUGAGUCAGAGACUGACUGUGACACACCAGGUCUCGAUACGUUGGGAUCUGAGUGUGUCAUCGCCCAUACACAAGUCGGUGACUUGCAUUAUGGAGCGGAGACUGAGAUUAUGACUCAAGAGGACAAAAGACUUGACCUAGAGGCUAUUCACGGUGAUUUAGGGGCAGUGACAUGCGUGGAUGUGGUAACGGAGACAGACCAUGACUAUAUUAAAUCUGAAAUACACCACGAUCAUCAUCAUUACUUCAGCAGCGCAGAAAUCAAAGGCAAUGAGCAUUUGCUCGGUGAAGUGCUGUUAAAGACUGAGAUAGGUGGUGGAGAACACAUUGUAAAGGUGGAGUCUGACCAUGGAGGGGAGCUUACAGUGGAGUCAGAGAAUGGCGUUAUCAUCCACGAAGCCCAUGGCCUGCAAUGCAGUGAGUGUGGGGAGAUUUUUGGCUGUAUGUCUGAUCUGCACGAACACUUUGAAAUCCACAAAGCUACUCAUCCCUACAUUUGCAUCCACUGUGGUGAGAGCUUCGCUGUUGAGGCUAGCCUAAGAAGUCACAUGAGGAUUCACAUGAAAGAGAAAAGUUAUACCACUGGACUUGAGAUGGUUGGUAAAGGAGUCAUUGAUGCGUUCAACUUGAAACCCCACCAGAUGAUGCACUCUCCUGAAAAGCCGCACAGAUGUUCAGAGUGUGGCAAAAGCUUCGCUGCUGCCAUCACUCUCCGGGAACACAUGAAAAUGCAUUCGGAUGACAAACCUUACAAAUGCACCCAAUGCCGAAAAAGCUUUGUGCGCAGACGCCAUCUGAAAAAACACCAAGAGCUGCAUGCCCAUGACAAGCCGUUUACCUGUCUUCAGUGUGGUAAAGGCUUUACGACGGCUUCCAAUCUCAAACAGCACCAGAAGACUCACGCUGGUGAGAAGCCGCACAGAUGCACCCAGUGUGGAAAGUGUUUUGCGGCAGCAGCCACGUUAAGAGAGCAUCAGAGAAUCCACUCGGGGGAGAAGCCCUACAAGUGCACCCAGUGUCGGAAGAGCUUCGUCAGGAAACGCCACCUCAAGAAGCAUCAGCUGGUCCAUCAGGGUGGAAAGCCCUACCGCUGCUCUCAGUGCGACAAGGGUUUCAACCAUUCCUCCUCCUUGUCACGACACCACAAGGUCCACCUGGAGGCCAAGAUGUACGCCCAGGCGGAUAAGGAUUUCCCCUUCGAUACUACGCUGAAGAGGGGAAUGCACACGGGUGAAAAGCCAUACAGCUGCAACCAUUGUGAGAAGAGCUUCAAUCACUCGUCAUCGCUAUCCAGGCAUCAGAGGACUCAUUCUGAUGGAAAGUCCUACACCUGUGCUCAGUGUGGGAAGAGGUUCAAUCAUCCCUCCUCUCUCGCAAGGCACCAACGGGUUCAUUUGGAGGAUAAGUCAACUUACAGUGCUAUUGCAACAGGAAAGGGAUUCCCCCACACUACUAUCUUGAAACAGAGAAUCCUUCAGAGUGAGAAACCAUAUAGGUGUGCUCAGUGUGGAAAGGGUUUCAAUCAUUCGUCUUCUCUGUCUAGGCAUCACAGAAUUCAUAUUGAUCAGUAAGCCUGCUUUCCUCUCCCACAAGUGGUGCGCUACCAUUCAUCCCAUGAUUCAGGCCAGCUUGUAAUGUUAGAGUUUGGCAAAAGAUGCAAGAAAAUCCAGAAAGUCGGCUUGGACCUGCUCUGAGGGAACUUAGAAAAUCAAGUCCUUUGACUUUUUAAAAGCAAAGAAUUUCAAUUUGGUAUGAUUGACACUGAAAUCCCCUGUGUAAUGUGCACAUGACUAGAUGCAUACACAUCAUUCUGGAACAUGGUGUGUGAUUAAAACUGUAGACACAACUUCCAUCAUCACUGAUUUGUGCUUUAAGCUGGAAGUUUAUUGAAGCCUGGCACAAUCUUGAACUGAGUAUUAGGUCAAGUUGGUUUUGAAUGGUAGAUAAUUAAGCAAAUAGGUCUAGACACAACUAUUCACUCCCCUAGUUUGUAUCUUUUACCCAUCUCUGUGUCAUUAAUGGAUGGAUAAACUGAUAUCACGUGUAAAUAUAUGUUGAUUUCCUUUUAUAUAGAUAUAUAGGUGAGUAGUGUGCUGUUCUUUUCUGAAAAGAAAAAAAAAAAAGAGCAUUUUUGAUGUAUGGUCCUGUAAGUCUUAUCCAUCUCUUGUAGGUGAAGUGGGAUGGUGCUUUUAGGGGAUGACACUAGUUUUGAACAAGCUGUCCAAUAUAAAGGCUUUAUUAAUUAUCAUAAACCCUUUAUGAUACAAACCAACAGAGUCUGCAUCCUAAAACAGCUUAUUAACUUGACUAACCCCUGGAAAUUCGCUCAAGAGAUCAGCACAAAAAGCGAGGGGCACAAAAUGUUGUUUUGACAUUAAGUCAAGUUGAGAAAAGUAGAUCUUGAUCAUAAAAGAUCAAACCAACAAGAUCAGAUAUUUUGUUGGGAGAUUCGGUUUUUCAACACAACUGAAUUGCACAGCUGAUUUUUAUAUUAUGCAGACUUGGUACAGCCUAAGCAUUCCCCUAAAUGUCUAAAGUGCUUCUCCCUGCAAUGACCAACUGCGCAUUGAAGAUUUUCCCAGUCAUUGCUCAAGUCAGACAGCAAAGUAUAGCAUUUAGUUGUAUUCUGGAUACAUUUUGCAGAGUAUCAACAUUUAAUAAUAAUAAUAGAUUGUGUAUACUUUAAUGCAAAUACAAAAUAUAGCUUGCUUUUUUGAAAAUUGAUUUGUUCCCCCACCAACCCCUUUAAUUCCAUGGUUUUUGUUUCUAUUUACAGUUCUGUGUAUGGAGAAAAUCUUUUACAAACGGAUGUAUUUUUUUAAUAAGGUUUGGGUAAUUGAAAGGGAAAUGAAAGGAAUAGUGUUUUUAUGGGAGUGAAUGUUGUAUCAGAACUAUUCUCUUUCUUUUCCAUUGGAUAACAAUUGUGCUUUAUCACGUAGCAUAGGUUUAUUCAUUGUGUUAGUUAGGUGCCUUAUUGCAUGCCAUGUAGAAAUGUAUGCUGAGCUGUAAUAGAAAAAAAAUAAGGUUCUGGCUCCUGCUCCCUUUUUGUUUCUUCACAUACUAAUCAAUGUUUUAAUUGGACUUUUUUUUGUUUUGCUUCUCUGUACAUGAAUGUUUACACUGUUACUUCUCUUUUAAUUUACUUGUCUGUCAACAAGCCUCUUUGUAGAACAGAGGUUAAAGAUAGUUGCAAUGCCAUUGAUCCAUAUGUUGAUUGCCCUCUAUAGUGAUCAGUUCUUGUCCUAUUUGUCUAUUCCCCCAUCUUUGAGUGGCUCACAUAUAUGGAUAAAUAAAGGUUGUUGACUAUCAACAAGUUCA